GACAAGAAGUACAAAUGCCGUGUAUGCUACAAAAGAUUUUUCACCAGGGGAUCUUUGAUAAUGCACGGGAGGCAACAUGAUCAUCUCCGGACAAAGAAAUGCAACAUCUGUGGGAAAACCUUCAUCAAAGCGGAUUAUGACCAGGAACACCAGAUUUCACGAGUUUCCAAAACGCCUUAUAAUUGUCGUGUUUGCCACCAGAGCUUUGCAUUUAGAGGAGAUUUGGUAAAACACGGUAGCGUACACGAUGACCUAAGAUCAAAGAAAUGUCACAUCUGUGGGAAAAUGUUCGUUAUGAAAGACAGCCUCAAAAGUCACAUUAAUCGCCAUAGAAGUCCUUUUAAUAUAGUAUCAAAUUCAAAUUCGACUCACACUAACAAAGUGCCCAUAAUGAAAAGAACCAAAACAAAAUACAAACAAUGUGAAGUUUGUGGUAAGAAAAUUAGUAACAUCGGAAACCUUCAUAAACACGUUAGCAGAAUGCAUUCAGAUGCAUUCUUAUAUAAAUGUGAUUACUGUCGAGCUCGUUUUCAAAGGACAAUUGACCUGGAUAAGCAUCUAGAACGUCAUCAAAAGAGGAGACCCUAUAAAUGUGACAACUGUUGUAAACUGUUCUCUACCAGCAUCGAACUGCAUGUGCAUUUCAAACGAACACAUACAGAUGAAAACAUGUUAACAUUCCAUUGUGAUAAAUGCUCUAAACGAUGUGCGACUAGCGAAGAAUUGGCAAAACAUGCUAGAGUGCACGAGGGUUUAAAACCACAUAAAUGUGGUGUUUGUAAUAAAGCAUUU